GUAGUUAGUGGAGAAAAUGCAUUUUAUUGACAUAAUAUUUUGGUCAUUUUAUAUAUUUAAGGCAGACUUUGCUUUUGUUACUUUAGCUGUUGAAAACAACAUAAAAAGUGUGAUAAACACCCAGAAUUCAGUGAGUGAGCAUCUGUUUCUGUCUGCGACUCCUCUGGGUUUCAUUUAUCAAGUUCUAGACAAGGUUAUCUCUUCGAAUUGACUUUUAUUUUGAAGCAGUCACUUCCUGCUGCUCACUUCCUGUCAGUCCUUGUUCACACCUGAUUUGAGUCUGUGUUGUCAAAGCUGGUUCCUGUUUGUCGUAUCUGUAUCUGCAACUGGUCUGGAGAGAGUGGGAGUGAAUUCAGUCGCCAUUUUUUCACGAUUUGGACGCCGCCAUGUUGGACCCAGACCUCAUCUGUGAGCAGCGAUUGGUCAUUUCUAUGGUCAGCUUAUAACUUGAAUAACUUCAACUACAGAAAAUUUUUUUUUUUUUUUUUUUUAAAAAGACGAUAAUCAACAACAUAUUAAAGUAUUUGAAAAAAAAAAUUUUAUUCUGACAAAUGUAAUGUAAUGUUUAUUUCUAUUAAAGUCUAUGGGGUUUUGGCUUUUUGAAAGCAGCAGGUACUUCCUGUUUGGAACACCUGGGGGGUGGAGUCACUCAGUCCAGGUUUCAUUUAAUUCAACCUUCCACGCAGUAACAAUAUGAACACAGACAUUAUAUUGUAAUGCAGAUUAAACUACAAUUUUACAAAAAUGGGCUUCAAUUGAGGUGGCUAUUCGUCUGCCGGCCAGCAGAGGGAGCUCGCUACACUGUCCACUGGGCGGCUAGCUAGCGUACCAUGGCUCAAUGGCUAAAGCUGCUUGGGUUCUGUGACAGGCUGGCGACCUGUCCAGGGUGUAUCCUGCUUUCGCCCUACAGUGACCGGGACAGUCUUUGACAACCUCUCGGCCUCAGCAGGUUAAGUAAAAGGAUGAAAGCCUUUGCAUCGAGCAGCCAUAUUGGAUUUUUUUAACCAGCUGAUCAGGUCCCUGAAAACUUCAUGUGCCCAAAAUUGAGUCCCUGGUUGGUUGAUGAAAUAUGCCAGUUUUCUCAUCUUUUUUUAUUAGAUUUCUAUUUUUUUUCUUUAAUUAUAUUCAUUUUCUAAUUCUUAUUUUGUAAUUUUUUAUUUCCUAGGAAGAUUCCCAGGGAUGUUCGAGGAGUGGGGAGGUGACAUCAAAAUCCCUUGGAGGAGUUUAAACUUGUAGGAGAUACUAAAGAGAUGGUGUUGAUUACAGCGCGGCUCACAGACUCACAGCAAAACCAGCCAAAUCUCUUCCAGCAGCCGAGUCCUUCACGGACCUUCACAGACCUUCACGGACCUUCACAGACGCUCGUUGCACUCUCAUCAGGCGGUCAGGAGGACUGUCAGCCGCUGCUGAGGAGAUCAGCUGUGAAGGUGGUGCAGCCCUACAGGGUGGAGAGCACCGACGGCAGAGCACGGAUCCAGUGUGUCUUUCACCCGCAUAAAAACCCAGAAGAUCUGAAAGUGACUCUGCUCAGAGGUCUCCACGGCCGUCAGGAGCUCUGCUCCUUCUUCCUUAACCUCACAGGCCAAACAGAGACACAUGGAGGGAGACAGGGACGGUGCUCUGCUCAGACCACAGAUGGCGCAGUAGAGGUCGCCCUGUCCAAUCUGACAGCUUCAGACACCGACAUCUACCGCUGCGAGAUUCAAACCUUCUAUCCGCCUCCAUACCUGCAGCUCACCGGAAACGGCACGCUCGUCCAUGUGAUAGAGCGUCCUGACUGUCCUUCUGUGAAUGCUCAGAGACAGCAUGAGGAGGAAGAGGAGGAGGAGAAGAAAGAGGAGACGGUGACAGCAGCCAGCGCUCCUGUGGCUGUUCUGGUGACAGUAAUCAUCUGUGUCCUGGUGAUCAUCAUCUACCUGCAGAUUGUUCAGUGUGAGCGAAACAGGAGGGAGGUGGUGAGGACGCCGCUGCCUUACGUUCAUCACAGAGCCAGUCCCAGCUCAUUUCUGACCAAAAGCAUUGUAUGAGCGUUCACAAACUUGUGCGUGUCUGCACACUUAUGUACUUGUCAAGUACCUAAUUCUGUUUACAUUCUGGUAAACACAUGUUGUAUUGAAGCUGCAGCUUUGUUUAGGUGGAAGUACCAUGUACAGAUUAUCACUCAGACUGAGAUGGAUCUAAUUAUUGAUCUCAAUGAAGUAGAAAUCUU